AUGUCCCGUUCGGGUGUCAAUUUGGAAUACGACCCGGAAGACACCCUCAAAAGUUUUCUGCUUGACAAAUACUUGUGCUCUGACAGUACUGUUGAUGAUAACAUAAACGCAAUAGAUUCGAAUCUUCAUAACAACGCAACCUGCCGCCAGCUCGUAGACGAAAGGACAUUCAAAUCAUCUGCGCGUACUACAAACAGGGAACCUCAGGAGACUAAACGUCAUUCUGUUGUGGUAACUACUUGUUCUAUGCUGAUAACAAGUUUUGUUUUGAAAUUGUGGACACGAAAACACUUUUUUACAGACAAGCCUUCCAGCUUGGAUUUGGUACCAAUAACAGUUCAAGUAGCGGCAUAUUUAAGUAGGAUGCACACCUGGAAGUAUUAAAAGCCUCAAUCUCAGGCAGCCACAUUCCUGUACUGACGAAACCCCCAUGACUGCAGUUCCCACAUACGUUUACCUGAUUUUUCUUAACGGCUCCCAAAGCUUUCUAUGACCUUUCCACUAUUUUAUUGUAGAAGGAGGCAGAACCAAAGACCAAAAGACCUUAUCUUCGCAAAAAUCAAGGUUUAGCUGCCUGGUGCAGCCGAAUCAGAAGUUCCAGGCUCAAGCUUCAACAAUAUUCCACGAAAAUACGUGAGAGCCAUGUUGAUGAAACAGACACAGAAAAGUCCAGCACGACGAGGGACGCUCUGAGAGGUGCCUUUGAUGAACCGACGGUGAGACUUACGUUCGUCUUGCAACAUGUUUGGUUUGUUUGAGAGACUUGCGUGUUCUGGCUGACAAAAGUAAUUUGUAGAAACCAUUUUUCCGUUUGAAAAGUUCAUUUUAGACAACAUAAUUAGCAAGAAAUUCAUCUGCCGGAUUCUUUCCAGCUCCAAGACAGCUGCUACACCCGAGUGUCCUUAUAUGUUUGGAAAAAUUUAACGUGAUUUUUUUCAAGCAAUCACCCUUCUAGUUUGUUCCGUCAGGAAGAGUUUGUCGUAAGAUCAAAGUGAAUUUUACAUGGAACGCCCAACGCGAUAUAGUUUGCUGACUGACUCUAAUCAAGAGGACCAGUGCACGUAAACUCUCGUUGGACUUUCAGAAGACAGUAGAUAUUUGCUUACAAAAGUUGUAAUUAUUGAUAGAUGAUGUUCUCGGCUUUCUAAAAACUUUGAUCUGCUGUUUAAUUCAUGCAUGAGUUUGUCUCAUUUUUAUCGAUUCUUUUUCAUAACUUUAAUUUGAGUCACCUGAGUUUUGAUGCAAGUUGCCAACCUCGUCUUCCUAGUUAUCCAAUUAUUCACUAUUACACAUAAACUUUUGCCUACAGGAUUAGGUGUCACUGAAUAUUUAUUAUUUCUCCGUACUAACAGCUCACAACUAAACCGUCACAAUCUUCAUCCUUACUCGCCUCUUCAAAGUCCAAAUUCAUGGAACCUGGGAAACUAACAAGACAGUACACUUACGUGUCUAAAUGGUGUCCAAAACCCGAACACACACUAUUUCCCACCUUCUUACCCUCGGAAGAAUCAAAUCCAGCUCCGGCCUCUUUAUCCCCUUCGAUGGCUCUUCCACCGCCAGAAACUGAUGGACAACAACCUCAAGCCCCCACCUGUGCGCCUUCCCCUGACAGGGAGAAAACGGAUCCAGUGCGGUGUGCCGCUGUUGUUGACUUAAGUGAAACUAAUGAGCUAGAAGAGUUCGAAUUAUUAGAGAAACUAACGGAGGGCUCCUUUUGCGGUCUAAGCAGCUCGGCUGUUGCUAAGAUGUCUAAGGAUUCUCUCCUAAACAAGUUCCGGCAAAACUGCGAUGGAGAAAAAAUUUCUGCUCCUGCGACGUACGCUCACACAUUUCCACCGGACACUGCCGGCGUUUCUAAUGCUUAUUGCAAAGAAGAAACAACCGAGUGAGUACUGUCAUAGGCUCAUUAUUUUUUAAAAUACCCUUCGCUCAUAUGUGACAGUGGAUAUAGGGACAGAAUCACAUGCUAAGUUUAAUAACCCUAGUUUCAAUGCCUAUAUGGGGGCACAUAGCCAAAAAGGACAAUUUUUGCGAGCAAGAGUGACUGAAAGUGCAUUUGCCGAUUGUGCGCAUCCUUAAUGUUUCUUUAUCUGCGUACGUCCAUUAUGCUUACUUUGUGUUUGUAAGCCGUGUCUCUGUAUAUCAACUUUUACGUCCUUAGGAGUACAGCACCGCAUUCUUUAGCUCACAUUUUAUGAAAUCUGGAAAUGGUCGGUCGCCUAAGUUGCCUGAGCGAUCUAAGUCUGGGAGUUUGCGCUGCAGUACUUACAGGGUGUCGUAUUCUCCUUGUUGUCUUUUGCUAUCUCAUUGAUUCUUUUCUAUCCGAUUUCCAUCGUGAUAACUGAACGCAAGACAGCAACUGAGGGGGACAUGUCGGCUGAUUCAGUUGUGAGCCCGUCGAAGGGCCUUGCUGAACCCUUUGGAACAGCGAAUCUCUAUCCAUCUGCAUGCCAGUGAACUGAGUGCCCUUCUUCGUGUGUAACGGUCUCAUGUAAGGUUGCGCUAGCGUAUCUUUCUUCAACAAGAGAAUCUAGUUUUGGCUGUAGCUGCGUUCUACCGUGUCUUCUCUUAUAGCGAUAUUUGGAUUCUUUAGUAGGCGCUGACGAAUGACAAAAACAUGGGGGGCAUCUGGGUGUCGUACUUUUCCUUUGUACGUAUCAUUAUAAACAACCUGCGGGCAGCACCGUAAGGCGGUCCACUGAUAGCGUCGCACUUUCCAUCAUAUACAGGGAAGUCAAACGUCUGCGCCCAGUGCUUGAGCUAUACCUCUAUUUCCAACUGUUCGCCCCGUUUUGGAUUAAAGGACGCCGGUAGCUAUAUAGUAGGAGUUAGACCGCGCCUUCGUAAAUUAUCCGUCGUUCGGAAGGAUGUCUUAAAGCCAUGCGAAGUUCGAAAUUUACAGGUUUUACCAUAAUGUGACACCUUGUUAGUCACAUUGUGCGUCUGGAAUUUCGCUUGACAGCGUUAGCUAAGUAAAUCUUGCACAUAUAGUCGGAGAAGGGCGAUAACGCAAAAUCUGAACAUUAGUGAUAGUCUCGUAGACGCAAAACUCUCUCUUUGUAAUUUCACAGCGGAAUAUUACGAAUUUAAUGACUUCCUAGUGCAUACCAUCGCCUUAGGACAACUAAAGGUUGCUUUUGUUUAUCGACUCAAACAUUACAACUGGGGUGAGAGAAGAUAAGUGUAUGUGAAAAGUGUCUGCUUCGAGCUCUGAAAGAACCCUCUUACGAAACCACACCUGGCUACGGGGAUUGGAUGACCUCCAACAUGUGCUGCACUCGUGCCUUAGGGCAUUUAUUCCGUCACGGUGAACUUGUUCAUAUGAAACCUCUUUCGUUUGCGGAAGAGUGGCCACAGACAGUGAUGACGCGCAAACUGAAACUAUACUUGGUACACCACAGUGCUAAACUGUCCUGUUGUCUAGCCGCCUUGACAUAUUAUCAUUGUUAGACCAGGGCGCGCAGAGAGUAGAUUGGUCCAGUCCUUUACAGUUUUCCUGCUUCAAUUAAUCAACGACGUAUUUAGAAUGUUAAGACACAUUUAGAGUCAAGACUAGGAAGAUUGCUAACUGACAUACAACAUGGCCCUGGGGGUCGUCAGCCAGGCUUCAAGGUUCCAUUCUUGUGAAAUAUCCGAGGAUCUAGAGGCUGCUUCGGUUAGACAGCAAUAACUAGCACAUCUUAUGACACGCUCAUACGGAGGUCAUUGCUGAGUCUGCCACCGCCCAGUUUCAUCAUCAGUCAUCUUUGCCUACUCUUACCGGUUUCAAGACUGUGAACAUGCAAAGCGAGAUGCUAUUUUUCGGCCCACAUUUGAACUCGGUAAGAGUUUAAGUCCACUUUUCAGGGCCGUCUCUCCUGUACGAACAGCCAUUAACCAUAGGCGUUUAUUUCCGCUCUACAAGUCGUUUUUCUGGAGACAUGAUUCAAGCGACCGGUGUUUCAAUUGAGGGAUCGAGAAAAAAUGCACUCGCAUCACAACACCGAAAUUGGGUACCUGAGAUAGUGAUUGUCGAUUAGGACCAGCGGGUUUGGAGAAGUCAGUUCACUGCCUGCCCCAGGGACAAAGGCAGAUGGCAUAAGGACUACCUGCGCGUCUUGCUGAACUGUGUCGAGCCGAAUUUUGAGCUGACCUCUUCGCCUCCUUUGGUUAAGUAGCGACGUUGAAUAUAGAUCAGCAACACUUAGAUGAUUAGACGGGCUUCAAAGCGCAUGCUUAAGCCACCCCAGACCUUCUUCUGGACUUACUUGAGCUGUCUUCGGAUGUUUUCGCGCUGGGCAUGCACGCCUCAUUGGAGACGAGAUUUGUCAUCUUCACUCGAAAAGCUGUUACUACGUUCGUCUUUCAAGCUUAGAAUCUAGCAUCGGGCGGACUGACUGAACCGACGGUCAUUCUAAGAAUAUGACGGUGGACCUUUGGACACCUUCACGGGUCUGCAAAACCCUAGAAAUCACAAUUAUUCGAAUGAAAAUAUCCCUCUUGCUCUGUUAGUUUAGGAGCGAAUUGAUUCUGAGACAUUUGUAACUGUCCGCCUUUGGUUGAAAACCACUUACAAGCAACUUGUCCCUUCUUGUUGGCAGUGAGCGUUAAUGAUAUGCCGAUUUUUGUAGUGUCGAUGGUAGGCUAGUAUCAUCAGUGUUCUUGGGGUCAGUCAGCCGGCGUCUUGGUACAAAUUAUGUCAGCAAAACCGCACUGAGCUCUUCCAGGAAUCUGUCAAACGACAUCAUUAAACAGCAUGGGCAAUAUAAUACAACCUUGUUGAGCGUCAGACUGAAUAUGGAGUGGUUGGGCAGCCGGUUUGGGGGGCAAUGACUAUAAAUGAGUUGUGCUUGUGGGCCUUCUUAAUGAGUGCGGCGGUCGACACAGCGCGAGGCCCUUUCAGGAGAAGUAGUAGCCUGGUCGAGCAUUAAUCUUAAAGUACAGUAGAUGUGCUAACUCAUGAAGUGUUAGCCGAAAUUCUAAAAUGCGUUUUCCGCUCGAAAAGAUUACUUAAGUAGGGUUGUGAUAGUAAUAAUCAUGAUGCAUACUCCCAUAAUAAUUCAGUUAUUUCAGGAUGCUGACUUUCGGUCGGACUUCUUUUCGGCCACCUGCAAAAAAUUACACUCGGUAAAAAUGACCACUUAAGUAGCAUGAAAUGUCCUCAUCGAAAUUCAGUGCCCUUAUAAAUCCAAAUAUAUAUUUCAUAAGAAACUUGCAUGAAAAUAUUCAUUUUUUACUCAUUUAGUAUAAAAUUACGCCAUCUUCAAAUUUUAUACUUGAGCGAAUGGUACAAUUCGGUUUAAGGAAAUUGCUUACUGUACGAAUGUACUUAGUACCUGAGUUGUAUACAGUAGAUGUGCUAACUCAUGGAAUGUUGACCGAAAUUCCGGAGUGUGUUUUCGACUCGAAAAGACUAUUUAUGUAGGGUUGCAAUAUUAAUAACCGUGCGGCAUAGUCCCAAGAUAUUCCAUUUACUUCGGGAUGCCAGCCUUUGGACGAACCUCUUUCCGGCCGCCUGCAAAAACUACACUUUGAAAAAGUGACUACUUUAGCAGCGUGGACUUUACUCACUGAUUUUUGGCGCCUUUGCAAAUUCAAAUAUAUUUCAUAGAUAACAUGCAUAAAAAAUAUUUAUUCUUUCACUCAUGUGGUAGGAAAUUACGUCUUCGCUAGAUUUUAUACUUGACAGAAGGUUGUAAUUCGGUUUUAAAAGGUUUCUGAAUAUGAGUUUUUAAGACCGUGAAAUGCCCGUCUAUGAAGCAUCGUGUCUCUGAACUUACUAAUGUCGCCUGUAAAGUGUAUAAUACGGCUCAGAUCCACUGCUAGUUCUUAUGAACUUCAUAUGAUCUCCCCUUAAGAGCAUAUGAUUUUCGUACACGGAAAAUAUGCAGCUUGUAGUUUGAAAGCCCGUAAUACAAGUUUAACGGCGGGUCAAGUUCGGAAUUAUCCGGGAAUCGGAAAAGUUUUUCUAUACCCGAUUAUACAUUUAUUUUAAGUAUAAAAUUCGAAGAAGACGUAAUUUCCUACCAAAUGGGCAGAAAAAUGGAUAUUUUUAUGCAUGUUUUCUAUGAAACAUUCGAAUUUACAAGGGCAUCGAAAAUCAAUGAGAAAAAUGCAUGGCACUUAGGUAGUCACUUUUAUAGAGUGUGGUUUUUCAGACGGCCAAAAGGAAGUUCGUUCAAAAGCUGGCAUCCUGGAGCAACCGAAAUAUCUUCGGAUUAUGCCGCACAGUGAUUAAUAUUACAACCCUACUUAAGUAAACAUUUCGAGCCGAAAACGCAUUUCAGAAUUUCGGUUAACAUUUCAUGAAUUAGCACAUCUACUAUAAGCAUGGACGCAUGUAAACCUUUUCCUGUGAACAGAAACAUGCCGUUUAUGGACACGGCGCACUGCGUCCCAUUGUCAGACUUGCCCUUGAAAUCAAUCAUCACUUCGAAUGUGAUGUUGCUGAAUUUAUUGGCAUGGUCCUCACUAGGCACUUGCGCUAGAUGGUUGAAGUCUACCACUCCUCUGGGAGCUGUAUUAGCAGCCACCUAAACCUCGGGGCACAUCAAUGCGUUUUAAAGACGCAGCUCAACGGUUGCUCCCCCCUCCAACCCACCUGUCAAUGGUGAUAAUCCUCUAUAUUCAUAUUGACCCAACUGUGAAAAACUGGGCGCCUCGGUGGGAUUCGAACCCACGCAGUAAGGGGGAAGGCUUUAGUACAGCCAACGCUCUAACCACCUGAGCUACGAGGCCCCGCCGGACGACGCGAGUUUUAUCACACUUGGGUCAAGUUACCCGCCCAACCUACUGCAACGUCUGGAAUCCACCAAAUCUGAUACAGUAAGUUGACUGCCCAAGCAGGAUUUCCUAAGUAAUUCACCUAGAAUCCACCGGAUGACUACUAGGCUCACGUAAUUCAUUGAUAUGUUGACAGAUUUUGAAUAAUUCAUAUUGACCCAACUGUGAAAAACUCGGCGCAUCGGUGGGAUUCGAACCCACGCAGUAAGGGGGAAGGCUUUAGUACAGCCAAAAUAUCAAUGAAUUACGUGAGCCUGGUAGUCAUCUGGUGAAUUCUAGGUGAAUUACUUAGGAAAUCCUGCUUGGGCAGUCAACUUACUGUAUCAGAUUUGGUGGAUUCCAGACGUUGCAGUAGGUUGGGCGGGUAACUUGACCCAAGUGUGAUAAAACUCGCAUCGUCCGGCGGGGCCUCGUAGCUCAGGUGGUUAGAGCGUUGGCUGUACUAAAGCCUUCCCCCUUACUGCGUGGGUUCGAAUCCCACCGAGGCGCCGAGUUUUUCACAGUUGGGUCAAUAUGAAUUAUUCAAAAUCUGCCAAAAUAUCAAUGAAUCCACUAUAUGCUCGUAUACACGAACUAGCGAUCUCCCUGUCCACCCCCGCCGUACAGCGAUUACGACUAUUCUUCCCUUAACAUCCUAGUUGUGGGAGCGUUGAUGGUAGUUUGCCUGCCUCCCAUCCUCCACGCGCGAACAAUGCUUCAUUGUUUCACAUUGGGCUGAUCCUAGAAUUAAGGAUUUGAACUCCAGGUUUUUUGGAGGCCCGAGCAGUAGUCAGUACUGCUGCAAUAUUUGUUGUCCCAAGAUUUUAUGAGUAUGGAAAUGCCGGUUCCUGGGAACAAAUGCCUUUUCUCGGCCACUUUGAUAUACCACAGAUUGUUAUUUCAAAUUAUACGGCCUUUUGACCUCUUCCUUUUCCACUUUUCCAAAUCUAGUUUCUUGGGUGUCGCUGCACCAGAGACCACUCAGGGACUUCCUGUACCACCAACCACCCAUUCUCAAGCUGCUGUUUCCAGGGGCAAUAACACAACUUGUGUCAGCCAGCAGAUAUCAGACCACAGAACAAGAACUUCUUCGGAGGAUUGUUUGGCUGAUUUCGACGAUAAACUUCCCUGGAAGGUGGAUCCAGAACCGCAGGGUAAGAUAAAGCGUCACUGUCACCUCUUAUGACUGCCAACAACGUAUACUGAACUCAGAGCCUGUUUAUGCAGUUUUUGGGAGUCACUGAAAUUAUUGUGGUUCAUGCCUCUGCCCACGACAGUGACCUGCAUUCUUUUUCGAAUAAAUCACGCACUAUGAAUACAAGCUCAGAGCUCUGUGGGUGUAAAUCACUUCGGCCCCAGUUGACUUUGGUUGAAAUGUCCUAGAGUGACGUUGACUUGGAGGUCACGUUAUGCAGGCUUUCCACCGAUUACCAAAUCCUGCCUUUUUUACAUUAGGCCUAUUAAUUGAGGAUCUUUUGUUGCGCUUUUGUUCUGACAGAAGCGGAGGUCCAAGAAACGGUGGACUCCAGCGCUGUAACGCAGGCCACAACACGAUCUGCGCGUUUUGAGUUGCCCGAGGUCGUGACGGUGGCGAAUGGGGGACCGACAAAGUUCUCGGAAGUAGCCGGUGAUGAGGACAAAGAACUGGUUAGUUUAUGUUUAUUCAUUUUUCUCACACGAAGGACAUGUAUAAAGGAGAGGCCUAUUUUGUACUGGAAGGGGGUUUCCACGAAUAGCGUCCGCGUACAACCGCAUUUUGUAAGAAAUGGCUUUAUAUCGGUGUCGUUAGUAUCAUUGAAGAGUGGAAAUAUGCAUGACGGGGCGCGUAGUAGUAUAAAAAGCAUCGUCCUAUGAUUAGAUGAGGGAGCGUACAGCCGAAGAUUUGGGUUUCAGUUGCCACGACAAGUCUUAGACAACUUUCUGCAUUGAUAGUCAUCUUGCAUGCUGUGCUUUCAAAACGUCCCUCACCUCCCGGGCUAUAUUGCAGUUAUUUUGGGGCUCUUCUUUUACAGUCUCAAGCUUGGUCGCUGAUGAGACUGCUGAUAUCUACGAUAUAGUUUAGGCCUUAUGUUGUUAUUUAUUUACGAUCAUUGAAUUCAUGUAUGCGGAUGGCGUUAGCCGUCUUCAUGCAUUUUAACAAUCAUCUGACCACGAUGCCUGGACACCCGAUUUUGAAGAAGGGGACACGAUCGCUGGGACAAGAGCUUUGUUCGCCUGACGUUUCGGAUUCCUGCUCGAACUCAUCAUCAGAGACAAAAGCAGAUACGGGUGGUUCAUGCACAAGCUCUUGUCCCAGCGCGAUCAUGUCUCCUUCUUCACGACUGCUUCCUGGGACUCGUCUCUUCGCUUCUAUUGACACCCGGUUUGGUCCAAAUUACUGACCAGAAAGCCGAUUUUUGGCUUGCGUAUGUAAAUAACAGGCAUAGGGUUCACGACAACAGCUAUUCCUCCCUUGUAUAGACGCGUUUCUUCCAUAAGGCGGGAAGGGCGUUAGUAUAGCCGGCAGUUGGCUCGCCGAGUUAUUUUGGUUAGAAACACCGAUCAGACAGACAUGCACCUAUAUCAGUGAGAACUGAGACUAAGAGGCAGCGAUAGGGAAGGCAGGUAGGAACGGUCGACAUAUACAGAUCUGAUACCACAAAAUUUGAGGGACCCUUUGCUGUUUAAGUAGUCGUGUGCAGCAGUACUGCCUUCCGAUGUGGAUCUACAGCAGUUUGGCAAAGUUGUUGCCCAUAAAAAGGUCACAGGCCUCAAUGCUUUUGCUAGGUGGAUCAUAAUACUGUAAUCGGACAUUUUCAUGAGGUUUCUUUGGGGAUUUUGAGUACAGACGGGUCCCCAACAGCCACACGGAUUGUAUCAAGGGUUGGCUCAAGGGUCUAACCACAAGGCAGCGGUUCAUGGUCGCCAUGUCACAGUACCACCAUCGGGCUUUGCGGCAUUUCAUGAGGCAGUCGGCUUACCAGGCCCCAGCCCCCCGUGCCCUGGUAGUAUCUGUCGGAUCAGUCCUCCCCUACGGCUGUGAUUAACGCUGGGCUUUGCGCGUGGAGGAUGAACUGAUACUGUAGGGGGGGGGAGGGGGGGGGGCUGAGCACUGCGGCCUGACGACCACUCCUCGAGUAAAGUACACCGACUUUGUCUCAAUUGAGGCAGUCCGCGCUCGCUGCGGUAAUAUAUCCAGGAUAUCACAGGCCAUCCAAGAAAGAUGACAGAGGUGGGUUGGGUACGAUCUCCGAAGCCCGCCUCACGAGCUCAGUUACACUGUCCUCAACCUGGCGUUGUUGCCUCCCCCGGAGGCGCCAAGAAGAGGUCAGCUCAAGACCUGACCCGACGCGGUUUGUCAAGACCUGGGAAGUAGUUCUUGGACCCAUGCUAUUCGGUCUCUGUUGUUGGAGAAGAGGAUGGCGCACGAGCUGUUCAGAUCCGCUGCCACAGAUCGUCACGCAUGGCGAGGUACUUUGCAUGAAGUGCAUAGUCGCGUCACUCUUGGACGCAACCAGAUCACCAGGAAAGGAUCCAACACUGGUCAGAAAAGUUGCCCUACUUUGUCGAAGGAAAAACUAAAGGCCAACAAUUAUUCCGGUCUGUCCUUCUCUACGGUUGUGAAUGCUGGGCUUUGCGCGCGGAGGACGGGCGAAAACUGGAGGUAUUUGACCACCACUGCUUGAGGACCAUCCUUUGAGUGAAGUUCACCGACUUCGUCUCAAAUGAGAUAGUCCGCGCUCGCUGCGACAACAUCGCGAGGAUAACCCAGGCCAUCCAAGAAAGACGACUGAAGUGGUUCGGGCAUGUUCUUCGUCGUCCACCUCAGGAGCUCAGUGUCACUGCCCUCGAUCCGGCACCGUUGCCCCAUUGGAGGCGUCGAUGAGGGGGUCAGUUCGAAACCUGGCUCGACACAGUUCAGUAAGCCAUGGAGGUGGUUCUUGGACCUACGGUAUUCGGUCUCCGUUGUUGGCGAAGCGAAUAGGUUGAGCUGUCCAGAUGUGCUGCCGCGGAUCGUCACGCGUGGAGAGGUACAGUUCGGGACAUCAUCGAGGCCGGCUAGAUCAGGCAUGAUCGUAGCCGUAUCAAGUACAAGUUAGUACAGUAAUAUUGUCCCUCUAAUCAAUUAAUGUGACGAUUUUGAGUCAUUUAAGGAGUUGUGCCAUAAGCGGCUCAGCCAUGUUGUACGCCUGAAAAAAGCAAGUGACUAAGUAGGACGCCAGAAAACUUACUACUCAGUUGCGGCGCUGUUUCAUGCAAGAAGGAAACGAAGGCGGCCCUCUCCUAGAACCGGAUGUAUGCCCAUAUUUUGUUUGACAGUCAUCUGUGGAGGAAUAUAUCAAGUCACGCUCGGCGGUCUUCUGCAAAAUAACUCAAGGCGAGUACGCACCAGUCGUUUGUACAGUCGUUCGCUCGUAGAUUUCAUAGAGCAAGCCAACACAUCUGGAACCCCGAGUAUUCAUUCUCGUCCAACUUAUCAAAUCGAAUUCUUUAGUUGCCAGCCUCUCACGCCGCGAAAAAGCGGCCAUCAAUGCUCUGCGUCGGCUUUACUUACUAAAACUCGAACGUUUCAUAACUUGCUGUAAGGGUUAUUAAGUGGCUCUGUUUCGUUGUACUCGACCCUCAUGGGGGUAAGAUUAGGGCCGAACGAAAGACGCAAAACUGCCCGUUUCUCUGAGUAUGCUCGAUCCGGUUUUCUUAUACUAAAACACAGGAAGCGAGAAUACAGCCCUGCUCCUCCUCACAGACUGAACAUUCCUCCAACGGGGACAAGCAUAUUGCUGCAAGAGUCACUAUUCCAAUGUAUAUUCGCAUUUCGUGCCUCUCGAGGUGUCUGACUACGGUUGGUUUCCCAGACGUGUGCAUAGUCCAUAUUUAUAAGAGGUGCAUAUGCUUCUUUCCUUACAGACACCUGAAAUACCGCUACCGCCAAAGGACGCAUCGUCCGCUGUUAUACGCCAGUGGAUAGCACGACUCGAGGUGGAGGUUAAACGUUUCAACGCGGAGAACGCUGCCUUGGCGAAAUUGCGAAAGGAUCGCGAGGAUGUUAGUUACCCACUCCACUGUUUUUUGAAGCCAAAUCGUCCCUCCACAUACCUCUUUUCACGUCUGGUUGACAUAAAAAUGACGUUAAUUAGACCUACCUUGGAAUCCAGCACGGGAUAUAUGUUCCGUUUUGCUGAAAACUACGUGUUCAAUCUCGUAAAAUGGCUGGGAAGGGGAGGGGGAGUUUAGGUACCUCACUGGUGUCAGGUCCUGGGGUUGACCCGCCCUAACUUGACUGUACGGUGAGUGACCGAUCUCAUGAAAAGUUGGCUGAAAUUCUGAAAUGCGUUUUCGACUAGGAAGGAUUACUUGGUCGCGGUUGUAAUACUGAUUAUCUUAAGGCAUACUCAUAACAUUUCCGACUCGGCAGGAUGUCGGCUUUUAAAUGCACUUCUUUUCAAUCUCCUGUAGAAAACGUGCUCGGCAAAAAAUGACUACUUAAGUAGCAUGCAUUUUUCCCAUUGAUUUUCGAUGGUCUUGCAAAUUCAAAUAUAUUUUAUAGAAACCAUAAAUAAAAAUAUGCUUUCUUAUAGUCAAUCAAUAAAGAAUCACGUCUUCUUUAUAUUUUAUACGUAAGGAAGGAGUAUAAUUAGGUUUUAAAAAAGUGUAUAAUUAUGAGAAUUUUAAAGACCGCGAAAUGUCCAUUCACAUAGCAUCGUACCUGGCCGUUUACCACUGCUCCUCAUGAAAUGUACAACAUGGUACGCAUCCAUUGCAAAAUGUUAUGGACUCUUUAUGGUAUCUUUAUAAAGGCAUAGAAAAAUAUGUGAUUUUUCUUCGCGCGGAACGCAUGCCGUAGUAGACUGAAAUCACUAAGCGCUAAUGUAACGAAUGAUCAGGCUCCAAAUUAUUCGGCAAUUAGAAAACUUUUUUAAACCCUAAUUAUACUCCUUCCUUAAGCAUAAAAGGAAAACUUCACCUCUAGUCGUGUGUGUACAUGCUAACAGUUGCACACUACCAUCCAGUCAUAUUUCAGGAUGCCCAGAACUCCGACAAUUGAAACCAUGGUUCAUACUUCGUAGGUUAGAGCUGCCAGAAUAGAUAAGGAGGCUUUAAACCUCAACAACUGAAGCUCCAAAUCUGCAAUGUAUGUGCCCACAUGACUUCCCAAUCUGGAAGAAAAUUCCGUUAAGGCCGCUGGAUAACCCUAAUUAAAAAAUUCUGAUAUUCAUCUUCUAGGUAGUGCAUCCAGAAGACUAGUAAAGUUUUUUUGCAACUGAAUCGCACGCGUUACCAGUGAUCUGUGGGGGCCUUCUUUGGGUUGACUUAUCCCAAUGCUUUUAUGCUACGUGUCUUGUCGUACCAAGUCUUCAUUAACCGCAUACCAUCUUAUAGUUUUUUUUUCAACAGGUUCGUUUACAACCCUGUGAAGUCCCUAAGUAGAUCACCCAAUGUAUACUUGUGGGGGCUUUAAUCCGUGGCCUGGCAGCCGGCAUUUGCUGUUAUAUAGGCCGCGACACGAGGCAUUAUCAACUGCUUGCCCGCUCCGGGAACUUGGCGGCUGAAGUUGCCGGCACCGUUGUAGGAACCCAAGCAUUGAGCUGGGUGAACAUGAACAAAACCUCCUUGAUUGUAAACUUUGCUCGAUAGGAGUUAGGUUGUUUGUCGGGGCGUGCGUGCACUCUGCAUAACACCACAUCCACAGAAGGCUUGUAAAAACGGCCACUGUAUGUUGUGGACCACUGGUUGCACCAAACCUCUAGUUCUUACGAUCAUUUAUCUUGAAUCGUCUCUCCCCCAGGGGAUUAACUGACUGCCGGUAGGUUGUACGCCGCGCGCUGGCUGUCACCGUUGAUGUAUAUAUGUCAUGAAGCUUGAGUAAUUUGACUUACCUCUUCGUGAUGCGGACUUUUUUGAAAUAUUUUCAGAGUCUGCGACAACUCGAAAAGGAACGUCGUGAGUUCGAGGCAAUGAAGGCCGAACAGACGAGAGAUUUUGAGGGCUUCCGUAAGGAGGAAACGGCAAGAUUGAAGUGAGUAGUGCUUUUGCUGCAAAUGACAUUCUUGCCCUUUUUUGCCCCCAUCUGGUUGCACACCUUUUGUGGGGGUUGUGGAGCUCCCAAUGUCUCCUCCUGUACACAUUUUUACCUCCGCAGCCUACCUCUUGACUAGAUCGCCAGCGAUGACUGAAAUAGCCAGGUAUUCGCUCAGCAGUAAGCAUGCGGUAUCUGGCCUGCGUCAUUAAAUGUUAGUCGGAAUUCUGAAAUGUGUUUUAGAUCAGGGAGGAUUACUUAGGUGAGCUUGUAAUGCUGAUUAUCAUAGAGCAUAACCUCAAGAUGUUUUAACCACAACAGGAUGUGGGCUCUUGAAUGAGCUUCUUUCAGGCGCCUGCAAAAACCACACUCGGUUGAAGAUGGCUGCUUAAGUAAUAUGCAUUUUUCACAUUGAUUUUCGAUGCCCUCAUAAACUAAAAUAUAUUUUACAGGAAAAAUUGCACAAAAUAUUCUUUCUUGGGCUCAUUUGGUAGUAAAUUACUUCUUUAACUUUUAUGCCUGAAGAAGGGUGCCCUUCAGUUUCAAAAGUCUGUGAUUGUAAGUUUUUUUAAGACCGUCAAAUGUUCAUUCAUAGAGAAUCGUAUCUGUCCGUUUUUUAAUGCUACUUAUGAAGUAUACAACCAGAUAUGUCUCAUUGGCAAAAUUUUUGAGUCCCAUACGACAUCAUAGUAGCGUAAAGAAAUGAAUGACUUUUCUUGCACUGAAAGUAUACACCACGUAGUUUGGAAGUCCGAAACACAGGGUUGGGUUCAAAAUUAUUUGGGGAUUGAGAAGGUUUUUUCAAACCUGCGUACACCCUUCUUGAGUACAAAAUUUGAAGAAGACUUAUUUUGCUGCCAAAAGAGUGCAUAAAAGGAUAUUUUGGGCAUGCUUUUAUAAAAUAUAUUUGAGUUUAGUAGGACAUCACAAAUCAGUGAGAAAAUUUCCUACUACGCAAGUAGUAGGAGAUUACGAAAGUGCAAUUUGGGUAAGCGGCCGAAGUUCAUACUACCUAAGUAGUCAAGUCGAAACAAGGCCGACUAGCCAGCCAUUUCUGGCCAAACGCCUGUGACCUAAGGCUUAAACUCAUGCGGCCAUGCCGCGCAGAUUCCAAAUAGAUAAGGCCUUUUCAAUGCUGAUGACCUAAAAAUAGAAGUUGAGAAAAAAACCGAACCGGCUAUCGCAAAGGUCUUUGGCUCCCUACAAAAGCGACGUCUCACGGCGCCCGAUAGGGACAUGACUUCGAGGAUUUAACUCCAAGUCCUUCACUGAGUAAUUUCUGAAGUUAUUUACUUGAUUAUUCUCUAGAGAAGCCAAUAGAAGCGAAGAGACGAGUCCCAGGAAGCAGUCUUGAAGAAGGAGACACGAUCGCUGGGACAAGAGCGUUAUUAAUCUGACGUUUCGGAUUUCUGCUCGAACCCAUCAUCAGAGACACGGCAAAUACGGGUUGUUCAUGCAUAAGGGGCUGCAGUAUUUAUAGGAUGCAGUAACCGUGUGUUUCGGACGCUCGUGGUCCAGACAAUAAACGACUGACAGCGUGAACGUUAGGAUGACACCGACGUCUAGCCUAUCGCUCGGGAUCUUGGAGCAUUCCUGAAGUUCUGUUUCAGAACCCUUGCUUUCAAUUGGGCCACAUCGGAGCACGCCAAUAGUUCGCCGAUUUCCGGGCUUAUUGAUGCAGUCCUGUCCGAAGGCCCUGAAACGAAAGUUUUGUAGACGUGCCGGCGAAAAUUUUGAGUUUGGUAUGUCAAAUAGGCCUUAAUAUUUUACUAAGCGAGACAACAUCGAGUACUCCGAGAACCAACUCACCUCUGUCGUCCCCGAAAUGCGGAUAUCGACCUGUUUGGCUUACGAGUUCGACCGUGUCCGUUGAAAUAGUUGACCAAGGUGACAAGCACGCGGUGAGACAAGUGCAAGAGGUGUGGCUCUCAGAAGCCCGUUUGAUCAACCGGCAUGUCCAGCUACCCCCAUCAUAUAUGACCUUACGAACUCACCUUGCAGGCGGACAACUUCAGCAGAGUUCUGCGUUGUUUUAGUCGACUACAAUCGCGCAUCGGCAGAACAUUAGCGAAACAGGUGUCUGGUCCUUUAGACACUGCCUUUUUCGGCAGUACGGUAGGAUCAUAUGUCAUAUAAAAUUUUACUACUGUUAGUACUACUUGUUCGUGGGAUUGACAUAACGGAGUUAUUCCACAGGAGUUGAUUGUCUUCGACCCAAACGUUCAUUGAAACUUCGGGUCUGACCCCAAAAAGUUAAGUCCCGACCACUAAACUCCAUGUCCUGCACUUAAUAAUGUCUGUAAUUAUUAGCUUUAUAUAUAUAUAAUACAUGAAGUAGUGUGCAUUCCGAGCUGAUAUGAUGGAACGAGGAAGUCCGUCGAAAAAAAGAGUUUUACUCGUAAAUUUUCGAGCUGGUUCGAUCAACCCAUCGCCAGACGAAGUGAAUUGUGAGAGGUGGGACUGUCACACUGCUGGAUGAGGACGCAGACAGAGAAAUAAGCAGUCGACCUUGCGAGGAAGAGAUGUGCAUCAUGUUGUGAUGGGUGCCGGAGGUGAGGAUAGGUGUUGUGUGUUCGGGCUGUGGAAAGGCGAUCGCUGGGCCAAGUGCUUUAUUAGCCUGACGUUUCGGAUUCUCACUCGAAUCCAUCAUCAGAGACAGAGUCAGAUAAGGGUAGUGGAUUGCCCAGGUGUUGCAAUAUUUAUGGGAUGUAUAUAUAGGAUGUAGGUGCUGGACCGCUACAUGCCUGUCACAGUUGACAGCUCCUGAGUGCAUCACAGCGUGACGGGCCAGGUGUUGCAGUAUGCCGUUGCUAUGCGCCUGCAUGCCGGCCAAGAUUAUUGGCUCCCACGCUCAUCGCACGCCGCAGAGUGGCUGACUAUCGUGAACUUGGAGUCAAGUCUUCGGGACAUGCCUUUUUAAGUCUUGUUCGGAAGUUUAUGCGACUGCUUGCAUCGAAUUCAACCAACCCCAACUCAAUAACCACGUAAUAUUCGCAGUUUGCGGGCGGAUAGGCACAAGUGGUUAGAUGUGGUUAUGUAGCCCCACCUGAUGGACACAAUACUGUUGGGAUUGGGGUUAGGGUUAGGGCAACUAUUUCUCAGCCACUCAGAGUAAAGUCGCGCAUUUCUAAUAGCUUUUCUUUUGCAUAUAAUUACUUGGCCUCGUUGCCCGUGCGUACCCCGGCCCCACCUGUAAAAUCACCUAUUACUAUCGGUCCCGUAUUACAGGUAGUUGGGGUCUGUUUACUUCAUCCGGGGCUACAUAACCACAGCUGACCGCACAAGUAUAUAAAUAUCCAUUGGGAUGGCUUUGCCAAACUGCCGCAAGACGUACAGACGCCUUGGCAAUGACAGGUGACAAACCGGCCGGCAUUUUAUGCAUGCGCUUACGACUGCAUCUGAAGCAGUCAUGGCAACGCCAUCGAGAGCGUCCGUAGCGUCGUCAAGGCCUUAUGUGCUGCUUCCAGUCCGUGUGCCAAUCAACGUGCUUCUUACUCACACCCAGCACUCUCCACCAUGUGUUCAUUGUGUCGAACUGUUAAGGUGACUGCAUGUACUGAGCAAAUCGAUGUCUUCUUUCGGUCGUAUGUUUUCCUCCACGUUCCUGCUACGACCUGGGGAGCGAAUGCUGCUGCCACUCACCACCUCUGAUGUUCUUAAACUCAAGUCCCAACGCUCUAGACUUGGUGUUUGGCAGACGAAGAGUGCUACAGUGGGUGGGCUAACUCAUGAAAUGUCAACCGAGCUCCAGAACUGAGUUUUCAUUUCGAAAAGAUUAAUUAACUAGGGCUGUAAAACGAAUCAUCAUGCGGCAUAAUUCUAUAAUAAAUCAGUAACCGCAAGAUGUCACCUUUCGAAGGAGCUUCUUUUCGGCUGCAUGUAAAGACCAUACUCUGUAAAAAUAUUACUGCUUAAGCAGCAUGCAUUUUUCUCAUUGAGUUUUGAUGUCCUUAAAUAUUCAAUUAUGUUUCAUUGAUAUCAUACAUAAAAAUAUCCACUCUUUUACUCAUUUGGUAGAAACUUGCGUCUUCUUCCAGUUUUACACUCGAAGGAAGGGUAACAUUCGAUUUCCAAAUACUUUUCUAAUUCCCGAAUAAUUUUGAACCCGCUCUGCCGUCACACUUGCAUUCAGGGUUUCCAAACUACAAGCCGUAUAUUUUCCGCGUACGGAAAGCCAUACAUUUCUCUACGGUAAUAAGAGGAGACCAUAUGGGGUUCAUAAAGUUUUGCAGUGGAUUUGAGCCAUACUGUUAAAUUUACAAGCCACAUUGGUAAAUGCAGAGGCAUGACGAUUUAUGAAGAGCCAUUUCAUGGUAUUAAAAAAAUCUCACAAUUAGAAACUCCUUUAAACCGAAUCAUACCCUUUCUUUGAGUAUAAAAUUGAAAGAAGACGUAGUUUUCUACCGGAUAAGCAGAAGAAUGAAUAUCCUUGUGCAUGUUUUUCAAGGAAUUUAAUUGGAUGUUCAAGGGCAUCGAAAAUCAGUGAUAGAAAUUCAUGCUACAUAAGUAGUCAUUUUUUUCUAGAGUAUAGUUUAUGCAUGCGGCCGGAAAGAAGUUCGUUCGGAAGCCGGCAUCCUGGGGUAACUGAAUUAUUAUGACAUUACACUGCAAGCUAAUUAGUUUUAAAACCCUACUUAAUUAAUCUCUUCGAAACGGAGACGCAUUUGUGAAUUUUGCUUGACAUUUCAUGAAUUAGCCCACUUACUGCACUUGCUACUAAACCCCGAUGUGAAUUGUUCCAGCAGUACUGUUCAAGUAGGUUACCCAGUCGCACCUAGCCAAACUCCAAACUUCUAAAUUUAUAUAGCAGACUGUAAAUAGGCGAACUGCCACCUGAAUCUAUUAAGGAGACCCUACUACCGAUAGAUGCUUCGAGUAGUAUCCCAUAGUUUCAUCUCGAUUAUGAACAGCUAAAGCCAGAGAUGGGGUCCUAGUGGAGAAUGGUGCCGGCGUUCCGACGUUAACGAGCAUACUUUCGUUAAGUGACAUUUGAAUGGUUCAGUCUUUUGUUUGUUCUGUUACUUCGCCUGAAUCACUACUUGUUUUGUACUUCAGAAAAGAGAAGAAAGUUCUUGCCGACUAUCAUCGUACCCUCCAGUCAAUGCCAAAUAAACGCGAUCGCGAGGAAAUUGAACGGCUAAAACAGCAGGCAAGUUACUGUUGUUUAUGCAUACUUCCAUUGCUGCAAAUCAGUUUUGUUGAAGAUUUCGUCUCCAAGAGACAUGUUUGCCCGACGGUAUUCCCCGAAAUUCUGAUAUAAUCCUUCUUCCAAGGACAGCGAUUUGAGGUCGCCAUUCAUCUACGAUGAAGUUUUGGUUGGGGGGUCGUUUCUUUUGUGGGGCUCUUGAUCGGUACUAAUGGAAUCGGGUCUUCAGAGUUACUUCAGGGAUGCCUUUACAUGUGGGGUACAGGUUGCUUCUCAGCUGUCUUCAAAGAAUAUUUCGAAAGUCUUGUGACGGUGUGUGGGCGCGUCCUCGCCGUUAGAUCACCUGUUUACAGUAACUUCAGAAUAUGGCCUCUGCUUGUAUAUUAACGUUUUUAGUGCGGCCACCGCCCACCUCGGUGACGGUUGUUUGGCACAUGUAAGAGGGUCAGUCGUCCCGUUUUUCCAAUCCAGACUACGCUGGAACCCGCCAACGACCAGUUGUAUAUGUAACCCAAACUUUGGUAGACAAACAAGUCUUCACGAUCUCUAAGUGUAAUUCGAAGAAUGAUUGGUAAGGUGUGGUUAUGUAGCCCCACCUGACGGACACAAUACUGUUGGGGUUGGGGUUUGGGCAACUAUUUCUCAACCACCGAAAGUACAGCAGCGAAUCUCCAGUAGCUUUUCUUUUGCAUGGAAGUACUUGACCUCGUCAUUGGCCCCACUUGUAAGAAGCCCUUUUACCACCGGUCCCGCACUACAGGUAGCUGGGAUUUGUUUAUUUCAGGUGGGGCUACCUAACCACAUCUGACCGAAUGAUUAAACACAGCGCGAGUUUUUUUUCAUUUAGCUUUCAGCAGCUCACUAGCACGACUCGUCUGUGACAGACAGCUACAAGAACUCUCCUACUGCCCAAGUGGUUAACACUAUGCAUGAGCCUUCAGCCUCCGACCUGCCUUCAUCCAAAGCUUGUGAGCGUGCGACUGGCCGGGAUCUUCCAGACAAAGGGCACCUUUACCUCUGACGUAAACUCGUACCGUGCAAGCGCGUAGCAUGCGUACGACAGAGGCUUCGUGCCAUGUCAGCCGCCACGCGCAUUGUUUUAUUCAGUCUUCUUGACUCCAACUUGUCCGACUGGGACUGACUGGGCGUGUGUGGCAAGCUGAAAGUAGUGCCUCAGAAGGUCCCCGAUUAAUGGCAUAACUUGGUUCUCCUCCAGGCUGAAAUUCGGAUUGAGAUGUGAGCUUGAUGUCACUAUUAUCAGCCCCACACAGACACAGGUUAAUACGUCUCUUCCCGGACUGUGUUGGUCCUAAUCUGUUGCGAUGGGCAAAUGGCCGAACCUGGCCUAUUCACUUUUUGUUGAUGUUGCACCUGUGCGCACGCACCAGUAAGUUCUGCCAUUAUCUUGUACAGAUUUCUGAGCUACAAGCGGAGGCAGCACUGCGAGAAACACGCCUACAAAGUCAGCUAACCCGACAACGGACGCGUAUAGAGGAGAUGGCGAAUGAGAAGACCGAACUGCUGGAGCGCAUUAAACGGCUUGAACAAACCAGGCUGACUCUACAAACCAGUCUGUCGGAGGAGAGGGCACAGCGACAUCUCAGUCGUAGCUCCCAGGGCGUGAGGGAGAACGAUGGCCAUGGGGUGUUCUCUGUAGUAAGUGGUCUCUCAUUAUCUGCAUAUUGUUUUGCUGUUGCCUGAGGCUGUUGUCUUACGUUGAAAAGCCCUUGUCUAUUGGCUGUGUCUGUGAAAAACCAACUAAUCGAACAAACAUUUGCCAGGCUUUGCGCUUUCAAUCGGAGUCCUCUAGUGAAGUGACCGGAUUUUGCUUCAGUAGCCGGUAGAUUUAAUGUCGCCAUAUGGGAUGUAUUUACUAAGAAAUGUUACCGACAAACAUUAUGGAGGCCAAAAUUGCCGUUCUUAGCCUGUUUACGAUUGUUGGCCAGCCAUGGCCGACCCCAGAACGGGAAAACCGAGGAUUGAACUCGGGAUCAGCCGACCAAUUCAGUUAAAAAAAAGCAACUUCUACUUGACUUAUUAUUCCCGGUUGGAGUCAACAAGGCCUAUGCCCGUAGUUUAAAUGAUACAGCCUCUGACUAAGUAUCCAAGCGAUCGCCUCUACACGACCACCUGCAAGGGUUGAAGACGAGAUCUUCAAGGCAAAAAGGACGUCUCAUUCCAUUCGGCAAUCCGUCUAGACUCAUGGUAUCCUUUCCAGACCGUCUGCUUUCAAUGCAGGAUUCCUGCACGCUGGAUCCCGGUCUUCCGUCCAGCUGACUUCUUUAAACCACUGUAUGAGCCUCAAAAAGGAAAACAGAGUGCUACCGUAUUUGCUUCUGCAUAUAACGACGUUUGUUAUGCCCAAUUUAGCGGGCUCCAUGCUGCGGUUUAGACGCGUUUGGAAUUAGCGCUUUCCACUGCAGGCAGUAGUCGGCUGCAGACUCGUCCAAAGUUAAGCUGGACACUGUAACAGUCGCGCAGACCGUGCGUCAUCUGACUCGACAUGCGCUCGUGUCUCGUUUCAGCAGUCUGCUAGAACUUGACUCCUCUCGUCGGCGCCUUCUCCCGCCUCUUUUCCUCCACCUCAGAUGUUGUCAGCGUUCCACUUUCUACCUGAAAGUGGUAUUCAUGCUAAGUUUUCAUGUUAUUUUGGUAACUUCUCUAUUGCGUUUUACCUGAUAUUUUCUAAAGACCGAAACCGGUCACACCUUCGGCAGCAAUCACCCGUCUCAACGACCAUGCUUGACCGGGUUGCCAUCGUCGGCCACCUUACACGACUUCGAUUUUACUCCCUCUUGAUACCUUGUUUCCUAAAUUAAUCAAUAUCCAUAACCUUUAAGUGUGCUCUCAUGUCGUACCUGCACCGUCGACUCACCGUCAUCUCUUCCUGCCGUCCUUUAGGCAAACAAACCCAAGUCACUGACAGAAGCUACGCAAGCCGUCAAGUUUGAGCCGCACGCUCGCUCUGCUGACCGUCUUUGUACCCACUCCGCCGCGGUUUCGCGCAACUCCACACCGCCCGUGACGAGGGAAACCCUGGGAGCCGCGCGGACCACUCUUUCAGCUGCCCCCAGCUACUGCGAUCUGCCAUUUGUCCUUCCCACUGAGGCGCCACGACCGACGGUCGCCGCAACCGCUCUGCCCUCGAGCGCGGGUGAGGUUGGAGACACCUCAUCCUCUGUGGACAGUAGAGCCUCGACGACUGUCGAUGGGUCAGUCGUUCGCCUACAGGGUGAACCUCGGGCAGACAGCAUCGCCAGCGACUACUACACAGACGAUGCCGCAUCGUCAAACGGUAGCAGCGGCAGGAGCAACCGGAGAGAAGAACACACUGACAGGUACCUUUUUCUUGGAAUGGACACUCAUCGCGAAAUUGCUUUUACUCCCAUGCUCUACUCCCCCAUCGUGUUUAAGACGAAGCGAAAAGGAGGGCACUUGCACCUUGAGUCACGACAUCCCGAUCGCAUUCAACACAGUGAUCAUAAUUAUGGACAAUUUUCGUCAGGUUAAAGCACCAUCUUUACGUACUUGUCCCAGUCUCUUUACGUUACACAGUACUGAAUAGGGCGAGGACUAAUUUCAACGGACAAAGAACUGGAAGGCCUGCAGUAUCUACCUGUCUUCUUGUGUCCAUAGUCAGAACCCCAGCGGAACAUCCCCUGGAGAAUUUCUUACGUUUUACGCUUACUCUUGGAACCCCUUCUUGAGUACAACCAAGUUACACGACUUCGAUUUUACCCAUCAUUUAUCCCUUGUUUCUUGCAUUAUUCAAUAUCCGAAUCAACCAGAGCACAUCCAUGUAAGACGACGACGGCCUUCACCACCACCACCACCACCACCACCACCACCACCACCACCACCACCACCACCACCACCACCACCACCACCACCACCACCACACUGCUAGUGCGUCCACAACCUCCGUUAAUCUUAAUGGAGCCAUUACUACAGCAGCUAUAGCCAUGCAAUAGGUGUUUUGGAAUAUUUUGAAUAAUUUAUUUUGACUCAACUACGAAAGACUCAGCGGUCUCGGCGGGAUUCGAACUCAUGACAACAAGGGGUGGGCUUGAAUACAGCUAAGUUACACGACUUCGAUUUUACCCACCAUUGAUACCUUGUUUCUUAAUCAAUAUCCGAAUCAACCACAGCAGGUAGGGACUGGGCAUUCUAGUUUAUGAUUAUCGUUCUGCCAAAAGCACCUAUUAAUUAAGCCAGCCUGGUGGUCCUCUAAUGGGUUAUAGAUUUAUUGAUUAGGAAAUCGUCCUCUGGGCAGCCAGUUUACUCUUAUCAGACUUUAUCAGGCUAUAGCCUGGGCGAGUAAGUUAACCCAAAUGCGAUUAAACUAACGCCUGCAGGUGGGACCUUGUAGCUCAUGUGACUAGAGCGUUAACUGUACUCAAGCCUUCCCCUUGCUGUCGUGGUUUCGCAUCCCAUCCGCGUCGCCGAGUUCUUCACAGUUGAGCCAAAAUGAAGUAAACGUACGUGAAGUUUUGAAGUUGACACUACGCUGCCUUCAGGAUACCGAUGUUGUCAACCUUAGAUUUUCCCUAAUGUGAUUGGGUCGUUUUCUCCACCUUGCUUUUCCUAUCCUUUACCUCCUGAUUUAUUCGUCCUUCUCUCUGUGUUGUUGAAAGCUGGUAGCCCUGCUCUCUCUCUCUCUCUCUCUUUCCCCUCACCACUCACUUCAACCUUUGCCUUUGUAGCGCACCUUUAGUCGCUGGUGGACUUAGGGACUUCUCCCUUCCCGGUCGUCUUUCCCGCCUGGCGCUUGUGGAUUCACCAAUGCGAGAGGCAAACCGUGGACAGCUGACUCGAGAAAUCCGUCAUCCCGAUGGUUCGGUAGGUGCUCUGGCUUUUACUUCCCUCCCUCCCCCGCACUUCUGUGUUUCUUUCUCGGCUUCCUUUCGACUCGCCUUCGUUCCCCUCCCACCGCAGAUUGAACGUCAGUACAGCAACGGGGGUGUCAUUCUGAACUACGCCAACGGUUCGGUCAAAGAGAUCUACCCGGACGGCAAGACAUCGCUGGUUGUCCUCUUUAACGGCGAUACAAAGCUCACCCUGUCAGAUGGAUCCGUGGUAAGCCGCGUUGUCUAAUUUUUCUGCAGACGGAGUUUGCGGUGCAUGGCACCACUGCUCUUAACUGGAUUCCUAUGCCAGGGGUAGGCGGAGGGAGAUGGGAUCAGGUAUGGCCCACUUGGGAUGCCUGUUUAUCCUCCCUCUGCGUCACGAAUGAGUUUCAGGAGCAUGCACGGCAGUUGUUUUCCGCAAAAAUAGAUGUGUUAUCUAAAAAGUUAUCUUACGGAAUCUGCUUUUUGAUUUUUUUCAGAUAUACACGUAUGCAUCGGAGGGCACCGUCCAAACAACCUUUCCUGAUGGGACGGAGCAAACAGUCUACAAGGAGUACGUUUUGCCAUUUUUAUGCAUUUGAUUCUUUCUAGUCUUUUGAGACGUGCACUUUCAGGGCGGUUUAGUCCCGGUGUGGACAGAGGGGAGCGCCACCAGCUGUACCAACCACUCCAAUGUUGACUCAAUCCCACCAGAGGGGGACCGCCCCUGACGACGUCUUGGCUUUUUAGUACUCAGUCAGUCUCAUGACCUCAUUUGCAUGAUAUACUACCCCUUAGACGCCAUCGUCUUUGAGUCAGUAGCAGUUAGCUAGUGAUUGAGGGCAAUGCGUUUUCUAUUAAGAUUUGUUUACUUCAGCGGUGUGGUAAUAUUGACUGUCAUGCUACAUUAUCCCAAGAUAUUUCAACCAUUAGAGGAUGCCGGUUUAUGAAUAGUCUGCUCUCAGACUACCUGCAAAAACAAGUGGUUUUCUAUUGACUUUCGACAUUCUUAUGAAGUCAAAUAUAUUCUCUGUAAAACAUAACCAAAAUGGCAGAGGGACGCUCACCGAUCAUUUUUACGGAACUCACUCGUCCUUUUAUGCCUUAGGACGCUCUUUCUCUCCCGAGCCCAACCAGCAGCCGCACAGCGGCGCAUGAUAUUAGGCAGAAUGGCAUUACCGACAAAAACAAGGGAGACUGGAAUGGCCAUUCUUAGCUUAGUAGUCGUCGUCAGCCAGAAAUGGUCAUGCCAGUCUGCCUUGUCUUUGUCAGUAAUACCAUUCUGAUUAUAUCAUGCACCGCUGUGCGGCUGCUGAUUGGGCCCGAGAGAGAGCCCUAAGGCACAACGGGAUGAGUGACCGCCCUUCUACCAUUGUAUAUUCCCGAUUGCAACUGACGGGACAACGAGUCCGUGGCUCAGUAGUUAGAGGCGUUGGGUUUCUGACCAACAGGUCGCGGAAUCGAACCCCAAGUUUUGCACACUUCGGGGUUGGGUGUGACUGACUGACGACGGCUAAUGAGCCAGAAAUGGCCAUUACAGUCUGCCUUGUCUUUGUCGGUAACACCAUUCUUCCUAUAACCAAAAAUAUUUGUAACUCACUCUUUUCGUGACCAAUCACGUCAUUUUUAACUUUUGUACUGACGGAAAGGAUAUUUCCAGGUUUCUAAGGUCUUUCCGUAUAGUAUAUUCUUUUUCCUUCUCUCCAUGUCUUCUAAAGCAGUAAAGCAAGCCUGUCCAUGAGUCAUAGGCCGCCAUGUUUGCAGAUUUCUGCCCCAAUUCUUGACGAGCGCUCGUAUGCAUCAACAUUGUCUUAGAAGCUGUCAGUCGCCCUCUUGCGUCACUUUGGGGCUGGGAUUUCACACCGACCGGAGACAACCAUCGGGCGCCAAGUAACGGGACCGGAAGACCCGUCGUGACGACGGAAAACACCUGAAGUCCUUUCCUGAAUCUGGUGCAGCUUAGAGCAGAGCAGCUAUACCGGAGCAUUUGCGAGUUUACUUCAGGCGCGGAUGACCGAACACUCACCAGUGGUGAGAAGGAUUGACACCAACUUUGAAGUUGCGACUCAUCCGGCGGAACUCUACCGUGCUUUAAACCCCCUACAGAGCCUACUUUCUAGUGAGGAGUGACAACGGAAGGAGUCGUCAGCUGCUUGAGUAAUGGUUCUGCCCGUCAACAGGCUCUGUGAUCUCCCGCCCCUCCAUUCGUUGUUGCAAUUUUGCCUAGGCAAGGUAGUUGAUCACAUAAAGAGCUCAUGCAUAAACGUCGCUUCCAGUGCCAGCACCGGCGAAUUAGUGGUCAAGCUAUUAUCACGCCGAUCAACAAAAUGCUGACGAUUGUCAACUUAGGUGCGGGCAAAUGAAUCACUAUCGCAUAAGCUACAAAAAUUACAAUGAAACGCGGAAGCUGUUAAUUCUAGUGACGAUUGCAUCCUAUGUUCACCCGCUACCCUUGCUUUUUGCUGUCUCAGAUGAAUCGGAAGCACAAGAUGUAUAAAAUUCUUGUUCCAACGAUCAAAUCUGCUUUCAGGGUAAUCCGCUUACUGGUUUUGAAGCCCUGAGAAUCCACACAGGAGUCAGCGAAGCCUCGCGCCGCAAAUACUAAACGGGAUUAGCUUUUAUUUUCAAUCUUGCUAACACGUGGGUACUGACCGGCUCGUGACGCGCCAGUCCGUUCUCACUUGUGCUCUAGGAGUUCAUUCUUUUUGCUUUUUUUAGUGGCCGAAAGGAGAUCACUUACCCCCAACCCAGACGGAGCCCAAUCUCCCCUACUACCCCACGUGCCCGCUCCCCGUGCAUUUCAAGGCCCAGUAGCUGUCUCGCCAACCUAGCACCCGUACUGGUUGAAGAAAACUGUCUGGGCAACGGAAUCACUGUGCGUCUCUUCUCUAAUGGCGAUCGAAUAAUCGAACUACCAAAUGGUCAGCGGGAAGUCCACUGCGCUGAAUUCAAGGUAAAAGCAAAUCUCAGCGUUGUGCAAUGAUUUACCGUACUAACAACACAGGUAUUAGCUAAUAGCCCAUACACGCGUGUUUCGCCGAUAUGCUGCUGCGGCUCAUCAGUGGGUCCCACAGCCUUCCCCGUGUGUUUUCUGGUAUAUGAACUCCAGUUUCAACUUGCCUUGUCUAAUUUCCGAGGGAAUUAAUGCGCGAACAUGGAGUAACUCUUUCGAAACGGACCUUUUUAGGAACGGUCUGAAGUUUGAUAUGAAUAUUUGAGCCAAUAGUAUAGAAUUGUGCAAUGAUUUACCGUACUAACAACACAGGUAUUAGCUAAAAGCCCAUACACGCGUGUUUGACUCGCCAUCCGCAAUCCCAUCCCUCAAUGGGAGAUUUUUGGCCUCCAUUUAUUCUGAAAUGGUCUGUUUCCGAGGAUAGGUUUGACACAUGUCUAGAAAGCUGUUUAUUCUUGCUCAAACAACGUAAUUGUGGCUACGUUCAUGCUGGUGAUACAUUUCUACAUUUCCGGAAGCUUUCAUCUUCAGUAUGCCAGCGCUGAACAAAUUCUUCUCAUUGUUACUGCUCUACGUUGAGCUAUUGAGAUUUCAUUACAGUUUGUUCAUCCAGGUCGAUUUGGAUCGUCACUGCUCCAUCGGAGUUCUAUUGCUUAUCAUCGACCUCAAUGUCAGGACAGAGUCAAGACGAUUGGAAAUGUGGAUGUUCGUUCCCACCUUAUAUGACAGUCGAGGUCGUGUGGAAUUCGCAUAGAGUCAGGAAAUGGCCGCCUCUCAGAGUCGGACUGUAUUGACCAAUUAUAGCACUCACGGCUACACGUCAGAGUUCAGAGACCUACCAAAGCUUAAUCAUAUGCCAAGUGUGAAAGGAUUUGGUGGUCAAAUCGCCACCAGGGGGGGGGGAGAGGGACGUGAUUCUGAAUCCAUUCACUCAUACCGGUGAUAGGGGCCAAAUGACAAUUCGACCGUCUAUUCCGACAAUGCCUACCGUGUUCAACAGCAGGGUGGGCGCAGUGACCAUUGCGUGCACGUAACUUAGUUUUAGUGAUUGUAGACUUGCGCCGCAUCUACCGCACUUUUCUCCCCAUCCACACGAGCCCAGUUUCGUGACAGAGUCAGGCAGACCAAAGGUGGAAGAGGGCGCAGGUGACUGGCGAGGCGUUGACCCGUGCCUAGCCGUGCCAUCGUAUCCCCUGGACCAGGAUUUCACACAGCAAGAAGGGGAGGGAGGGGGGGGUCGGUCUGGAUCCAAACUGAGUGGGAGUGCAAUUACGGCCAUAUUAAGAAGGAGCCAUUGCAGUCUGGCUCUCAAUCCGCAAAUCGACCUCUCUACACGAACAUAGGACUCACUGCGAGGUGGGAGUUGAAUCGUAAAUUGUUGCACUAGGUCCGGAGAUGUCCGAUGGGGCCGAUCUGCGUGCGGAAUGUUCGUUGGCAGCGUGGACAUGCUGGAAGGGGCUGAGUGUUGACGCCUGAGACCUGCAGUUGCUCUUUUAGCCUUAGCAGCGACGAGCUGGUUGACUUCAUCGAUUGCUGUCCUCACUGCACUUUUGCAGAUCGGUCGGUCCUGGGUGAGGUCUCCCCAAAAUUCUGGUCUGAUUUGCAAAUUUCAGAAAUUUCUUCGGGGUCUUCUUGUAGCAGUGGGCUUCUCCUUGUCGGUGAGUACACGUAGCGACAUCAUCGUAGAAUAUUCGUUUGGGUAAUCGCCCGGCGUCCACCCUCACGAGUUGGCCGCUCCAUCACAUUUACAGUUGUCUCAGCAUAGCGUGGAUACCGAGGAAUCCUGUUCGUUCCGAGAUUUCCCAGCCGGGAAUCCUGACCUGCCACCUCGGCUUUAGGAUUCUCCGAAGGCAACUUAUGUGGAAGUGAUUGAGCUACCGCGCCUGUUUCUUCUAGGCUGUCCAGGUCUCCGCUCCAUACAACAGCGUCGUCACGAUGACAGCUUUGUGCAUCUGGAGUUUGGUGUUGAGGUGGAGACCGUAGCGGUCCUACAAUACGUUCUGCAGCAGACCAGAGGCGUGACUGACUUUGGAGGUUUGGGCGACCACUUCUCCGUUGAUUUUGAGGCUGCGUGAGUGUGCUGCCUAUAAUAGACGAGGUUGUCCAUGGUUUUCAGUUGGGUGACGUUGAGUGAUUAGAGGGCCGUUAUAUUUCAGUGUCGAGUGACGGCUGAUGCAUGAACUCCGUUCUGUCUGUGUUGAUGUUCAGGCCGAAUUUGGCGCAUCCGACUGCAGAAAAAGUUCAUGCAUCAUUUCAUGCCCGGUUCUGCCGUGUUGUUGAGCGUGCACUCGUCAGCAUAUAUCAGGUUGUGGACAGUAGUCGUGGAGAGGCGCGUUCUACCUUAUUAGAUUGAUACAAGAGAACGUUGUUCGAUUUCUGGUAUUACCCACAUCAUUUAAUUGGCCCCGUUACCAUGUAGAUGUACUGACUUGAUAAAAAAUUAAUCGAAAGCAAAUGUCCGCUGCAUGGCCAAUAUCCAUAUAGCCUACUAACUGCAUGCAGUGUCCUGCGACUUCCCCAACACGCCUCUCUCGAACCCUCUCCUAACCACCCGUAUUAAUCUUUCCAUAUUCGCCACAUCCGACUUGAAUGAACAAGUGAGCAUUAGUCGAUUUCUCUUAUUGACAAUGUUUUUCUUGAGGCCGUCAUCAUGCAGAGUGGAUUUGCGUGUGCAGCCUGCUUCGAUUAGCGGAAAGGGGGGAACCAAAGUUCACCAACGCCUCGCGACCUGUCAUUUUUUGAUGAACUUUGGUUCAAUAGAGUACUUAAAGUACAUCUACUAGACUCGCUGCUAUUAUAACUUGGCCAACUUCGGCCUGACAGUUGCUUGUCUGUACGUGGCCUUCUCCACACCUACGGCGCUUGUUUUUUUCGGGUAGCCAAUAGAUCGGCGUGCACCUAUCCCUGACUGUUCUAACACUCUGGCACGAUGAGAAUUGGAGGGGACAGAGACCGACGUAUGGACCGUCCUCAUAAUCAUUAAACUCAUGCAAGUCACUAUUGCCCUCCGUCCCCAUCUGUCAAAAUUUGAGGCGGUUCCCGUCGAUUACAGCAGGUGUGUAUUUAGCGAACACGCUCGAGAGAGAGAGUCCGUAAGGCACAACGGUGCGAGCGAGUUCCGUAAGAACGAUCGGUGAGCAUCCUCUACCAUUUUAUAUUCCCAAUCGAAACCGACAGGGCAACGGGCUCGUGACCCAGUGGUUAGAGGCGUGGCCUGUUAACUAACAGGUCGCGAGUUCGAGCCUCGGGCGUUCCACACUUCGGGGUUGGGUAUGACUGGCUGAAGACGACUAAUGAGCCAGAAAUGGCCAUUCCAGUCUCCCUUGUCUUUUUCGGUAAUAACAUACUGCCUAUAGGUAUAUGUAUAUAAAUUUGCACAAUAAAAUUCCCUUUCCCAAAGCUCAUAUUCGACUUCAAGAUAUAAAUGUCGAUUUCAAUCUAUUUCCCUCCCCCUCAUGCGCCUUCUUUCUAUCCUUGUAUAAAGCGUCGCAUUUAUCCCGACGGGACCGCAAAAACUGUUUUCAAAGACGGUCGCCAGGAGACCUGCUACGCAUCCGGACGAAUCCGCGUGAAGGAUGGCCAGGGCAAUCUCUUGGUGGACACUCGGGUUGCGCCACUCUCUGAAGCCGUUCGGCCAACUCUGGUUGUCCCACCGCCACACUUGCUCAUCUAA